AUGUCUCUCAACAGAACCGACAAGACUCUGCUCGGCACCGGCGCUGGUGUGGUCCACAAGGAAGAGGAGCGGCUGAUGACCGACAAGCUGGGCAAGACGACGCUGGUCGAACGGGACGAGGGCGUGGUGCACGAGGCGCCGAUCGUCAAGAAGGACGUGGUAACCGAACACCCGGAGAUCAUCCACAAGGAGCACCACGUCCAGCCCAUCAUCCACGAGAAGGAGGUCCACGUGAAGCCCAUCCACCGCGUUGAGGUCUCCACCGAGCGACCCGUCAUCCACAGGGAGAAAGUGGUGGAGGGGCCAGUGGCGGCGGAGAAGGUGGUCAAGUGCCACAAGAACGUCACGGCCGCCACGGUGGGCUCCGGAGCGACCAUCGUCGAGGACCGGCCCAUCGUGCAGAAGCACCUGGUGACCGAACACCCGGAGAUCAUCCACAAGGAGCACCACGUCCAGCCCACCAUCCACGAGAAGGAGCGCCACAUCGAACCCAUCCACAAGACUGAGGUCACCACCGAACACCCCGUCCUCCACAAGACGACGGUCGUGGAGGAGCCGGCCGUGGUGGAGAGAGCGCAUGUGCAUGCCGACAGGCACGAGCGGGUGCAUCUGCAUCACAAGGAGGAGCCGCACGCGACGGUGGGCCAGAAGUUGAAGGGCACCAUGAAGCAGAUGGUGGGCGCCAUCACGGGCGACGAGACCAAGAAGGAGGAGGGCAGGCUCCUCAAGCAGGGCAUCGAGCCCACCACGGCCAACGAGCCCAACCUGGAGACCUUCUAA